GGCUGUUAUCACACCAGCUGUUUAGACGACAUAUACUAUACUACAACUUGAGGGCCUCAGCCAUAUAAAAGACGGUGAUUUUUUUUUAAAAUGAGUCAGUUGGUGUGAUUGAAACAUUCGGCACGACACAUCAGCAUCAUUAUGAAGCCAAUCGUUUUUAUAUUGGCGUUCCUGGCUCUCCAUGGAUAUGUUCAGCCAUUCGUCUUUCCUUCUCAGGUACAGAAUAUUAUGGAUAAGGCAGUAAAAAAUGGAAUGAACGAAUUUGCCCUUAAUUUAUACAAGGCGACCCUCAAAGAAAAAUCAGGAAAUUUUGUCGCCUCUCCGUUCGGCGCCUACAUCGCCCUCGCCUUGGCAACAUAUGGCGCCGAGGGUACAACGAGACAGGAAUUAUGGAAUGUUAUGCAUCUUCCGAAUGAAACGAAAACUACUGAACAAUUUAUAAAAACAAGCUUGCAAAACAUAAUGAACACGUUUAAGGGCGCUACAGACCUCACGGUGCUAAACAAAAACCAAGUGUUCAUCAACGAAAGUUUAAGUGCAAGCCGUCAAUAUAGAGAAAUUCUUAGGGAGACAUUCUACACUUCAUUCGAUACAGUAAAUUUCCCAAACACAAAACAAACCGCCGAGACUAUCAAUAACUGGGCUAAGAGGGUCAGCCGGAACCGUAUCUCCGAAAUGGUCACCUCAGAAACAUUGGACCCUAAUACGGUUCUUGUGCUGGCCAAUGCCCUAUAUUUCUCCGGAGAAUGGGUGCAACCAUUUGAGGAGGCGCGCCCGCGAGACUUCUAUGUGAGCGAGAAUGUUGUUAAAUCAGUAUCGAUGAUGAUCCGCUAUGGAAAUGCGUUACACGGAAACCUGCCCGCCCUCAAAGCUAACUUCAUACAGCUACCGUACAAGAAUGGAAAUGGAAGAGAGGAAGCAACCUACAUGUACAUCAUUAUGCCAGUUCAAGGCAAGGAUUUCGCCUACCUGGAAGAGAAUAUUUCUUCGCUUAAAUUAGAAGAUCUCCAACAGGGAAGUGUUGAUGACAGCAUAAUAUCCCUACCGAAAUUCAAAAUGGACACCACUUUGCAAUUAGCUGAUCAUAUUCUGAAGAUGGGUGCUCCAACUGCUUUUUCAGGGGCUGCGAAUUUCAGUAGAAUCAGCGUAAACCCGGAGGGAUUAGCCAUUUCAAAAAUAGUACAGAGAACCUCACUUGCUGUUGAUGAAAUAAAAACCGUAGUGAUAUCUCUGACGAAUAUCGAGUUGGUAGCGCUGGCGAUGCCGUACAUAUUUAAGGCCGAUCGACCUUUCCUAAUGGUUAUUGCAACCAAAGAUGUGAUCCUAUUCACUGGCAAAGUAGUGGAUCCAACACAAUGAGGAAUCGUGGAUGGAACUCUGCAAUAUUACACACAUCAAGGUAACUUUCGUCUUGAGGAUGAAGAAUGUAUUCAGUAAAAAUAAAUAAUUCCAAUGAACAUUGAA